AUGACCAUGACUGCCACUACACCACCCCGUCGGGUAUUCCUCAUUAGCGUGCCACGCUCAGCAUCCCAUCUCCUUCUGAAGAUCGUGGACAUCCACAACCAACCCAAGUUCCUGACCAACGAACAAGGCGGCUACUUCUUCUUCCCGGCCUUCGCGCCCGCCAUCCACGGCGGAUACGCCGACAAGCCACUAAACGAGUGGACAGAGGCCCAAAAAGAAGAAAUCAAGGCAUCAUUCCAUGGCUGCGUCUCGAGUCUGGAAGAGUACUCGGAACGGGCACAAAAUGCGGACAAAGCCAUGUUCAUCAAGGAACACGCAUACUGGUUCAUGAACCCGGCAGUGAUGCACGAACUGAUGACUGGAACAGAAGACCCAGAGCUGUUCAAGACGUUCCAGCUGCAUUUAUCUGAGAGCAGCUACGGACCCAACAGCUUCUCGCCCUCGAACAAGACCGUCCUGCCGGAUGAAUACCUCCGCAGCUGGCAAGUAGCGUUUAUCAUCCGACACCCGGCUUUAGCAUGGGCGUCGAUGUAUCGCGCCAUGACCAAGAUCAAGGGCUUCGGAGGGAUGGGCGAUAAGGAGUUUAUGGGGGUGUGGAAGACGAAUACGACGCUGCGGUGGACCCGCAUGGUGUAUGAUUGGUGUUUGGAACAACAGGGUGGUGCUCUGCCUGUGUUGAUCGAUGCGGAUGAUGUUACUCAUAAUCCGGCUGCUGUGAAGCGGUUCUGUGAGCUCACGGGGUUGGAUCCUGAGAAGAUUCAGUAUGAGUGGAGUGAGGAGAGAGUCAAGGGGACGGGUCCGGGGAUGCAUGAUACGGAAAAUAAGCACUAUGAGAUGCAGAUCAAGAUUAAUUGUGUUAUGCGCUCGACGGUUGAUGCGUCGUCGGGGAUUGUUAAGGAUAAGACGCCCUCGGGGCCUAUUGAUGUUGCCGUGGAGGUGGAGAAGUGGAAGGCUGAGUUUGGGGAUGAGGCGGCGCAGCUGUUGCACGAGGCGGUUUUGGAGUCCUUGCCGGAUUAUGAGUAUCUUAAGGAGCGGAGGAUUGUUGUGUAG